UCAGUACUGUUAGUCACUGGAUGUCGCAGAGAAAAAAAAAGACUUUUAUUGUGAAAGGCAGAGCUAACGCAGCAUGCGACACAGGAACAUCCGCAUUACGGCGGCUAGUGGAGUGUUGCCAUAACAGGUGUUGUUGUGUGUGUGUGCGUGAGUGUUCCAGUCUGAACCAUGGAACAGUGUGCGUGUGUCGAGCGGGAGCUGGAGAAAGUGCUCCAUCGCUUCGUAAUGUACGGCCACCAGUCUGAAGAGAGGCUAGACGAGCUCCUGCGCAGUGUCUGCGAGAUACGAGGACAGCUAGUUGCAUUUGGAGUACAAGAUGCAGACUUAACAGUCCUAUCCCAGACUAUGGCACAGUGCUGUAAGAAUAUCAAAGAAACAGUGCAGAUGCUAGCCUCCCGACAUAAGGACAUCCAUGGCAGCGUGUCAAAAGUGGGCAAAGCCAUUGACAGGAAUUUCGACGCAGAAAUCAGUGCAGUCGUGGCAGAGACAGUGUGGGACACCCCAGAGAGACAGAAAUACCUGAGUGAGACAAUUGUGGAGCACCUGUACAGACAAGGGAUGCUCAGUGUAGCAGAGGACCUUUGUCAGGAGUCUGGCGUAGUUAUAGACAUGAGUAUGAAGCAGCCUUUCCUGGAGCUAAACAGAAUCCUCGAAGCUCUGAGGAUGCAGGACCUCAGGCCGGCACUAGAGUGGGCUGUAACGAAUCGGCAGCGCCUUUUGGACCUGAACAGCAGCCUAGAAUUCAAGUUGCACCGCUUGUACUUUAUCAGCCUGCUCAGUGGGGGAAUCAGCAACCAGAUGGAGGCCCUGCAGUAUGCCAGGCAUUUCCAGCCCUUCGCCUCUCAACACCAGAGAGAUAUUCAGAUCCUGAUGGGCAGUCUGGUUUACCUGCGUCACGGCAUUGAGAACUCUCCGUACCGCAGUCUGCUGGAGACAAAUCAGUGGGCCGAGAUCUGCAACAUCUUCACCAGAGAUGCCUGUGCUCUACUGGGCCUCUCUGUAGAGUCUCCACUCAGUGUUAGUUUUGCAUCAGGCUGUAUGGCCUUACCAGUGCUCAUGAACAUCAAGCAGGUGAUAGAGCAGAGACAGUGCAGCGGAGUCUGGACACACAAAGAUGAGCUACCUAUUGAAAUUGACCUGGGGAAGAAGUGCUGGUACCACUCUGUGUUCGCCUGUCCGAUCCUCAGGCAGCAGACCUCAGAGAGCAAUCCACCCAUGAAGCUCAUCUGUGGCCACGUCAUCUCCAGAGAUGCCCUCAACAAACUGACUAAUGCUGGGAAGUUGAAAUGUCCAUACUGCCCCAUGGAGCAGAAUCCGUCACACGCCAAGCAGAUCUACUUUUGAUACCGCACACUCUCAUCACGAGUAAGGAUGAAGUUCCCUGGAGCUCUUUGCAUUUCCAGGGCCGUUUGCUCUGGCCCUUUUUCCUCUGUCCCUGGCCUCUUGGCCUGUUAUUCUAAGCAUUAAGGUUUUAUCCCAGUGCUCCUCUGGACAGCCUUGGCCAUCUCGUAAACCCACCUCGGACCCUCCAACUUUGAGUAAUAUAUAGAGUCCAAGUGGGAGGGGAGGGGGGUGGUCCAACUACAACCUGUAGUAGAGUGAGGAGUUUGUCAGUAAUGAGAACAUCCUCACGAAGAAGCACCUCUGAGAAAAGGAUCAUUCAUCGAAGCUCAUUUGCAAAUGUCUGCAGUUAUAGGCUUAUCUUUUUAAAGUAUGUAAUACUUUAUAGUGUUUGUUUUCUCAGCUUUAUCGACUGUUUGAGUUGGAUGACUGCUUCGUUUUUCUUUUUUCCUUUUUAGUGACAGAAGCAGUUGAAUGAUUAUGAAUGGGUGAGUGUGGGUACAUGGUAUAGAUAGGUAGUUUUUGAUUACAGGAUGGUAAUAAACUUCUAUUAUACACGAUUAACAAACAAACAACAGAUUAACAAACUGUAUUGAAAGUUUAUUGUUUUCUGGUGAAGGGAAGCGUGGAGGUCUGUCUUGAAUUGAACUCUUGAUUGUGACCCCCCCCAUUACUCUUCCAUAAUGUAAUAAAAGCCUCACGUAGCUUGAAAGUCACUGUUGGCUGAUGUAUCCGUUUGAUCAGUAGAACAAUUAACUCAUCGAUGGUGGAACAGCUUUUCUUUUUCUUUUUUUUUUCGUGACUGACUGCACCAGCAAGACUUCCCUCAUUGUAGAAGCCAUUUGUCUUGUUCUAUGUAUGUAUUUAACAAACAAUGACAAAAAGGAAACAAAAAAUAUAUACUACUGUGAAACGUG